AUGGGCAACAAUCUGAAAGCCAUAGUUGCUUUUGUGCCCUCCAGCAAGUGCCAGAAGUACCUCCUAGAAGACCUAGAAGAGAUGCCAGUGGAUAAAAUGGUGGAUAUGAGUGGCAGGCAGCUGAGGCGGCUGCCUCUGCACAUUUGCUCUUUUCGGGAACUGGUUAAGCUGUACCUGAGCGACAACAACCUGAACCAUCUGCCCCCCGAGCUGGAGCAGCUGCAAAACCUGCAGAUAUUGGCACUGGACUUCAACAACUUCAAAGCGCUGCCCCUAGUUGUGUGCACACUGAAGCAGCUGUGCAUUCUCUACCUGGGCAACAACAAGCUCUGCAGCCUGCCCCUUGAGCUGCGGCUCCUGCAGAACCUCAAGACCCUCUGGAUCGAGUCCAACUGCCUGCAGUACCUGCCCGAGGUGGUGUGUGAGCUCAGCCUGCUGAAGACCCUGCACGCCGGCUCCAACGCACUGCGCACACUCCCUCCCCAGCUGCAGUGCCUGCAGGAGCUGCGCACCAUCUGGCUGUCAGGCAACCUGCUCUCUGAGUUUCCUCCUGUGCUCCUGAACAUGCCAUUUCUGGAGGUCAUUGACGUGGACCGCAAUUCCAUCCGGUUCUUCCCCAGCCUAGCUCACCUCCCUGGCCUGAAGCUGGUGAUCUAUGACCACAACCCCUGCAGGAACGCUCCCAAAGUGGCCAAAGGAGUGCGCAGGGUGGGGAGGUGGUCAGAGGAGACUCCUGAGCCCCGCAAGCGGUCCGGGGCAGUGAUAGAUAUCACGCUUGACGAGAAACCCUUGCUACCUCCUGCCGCGAAGACCAAGCCAGAAGCCGAGCCCUGCUGA